GCCCUGCGCCGCCGCCUCCUAAACCCAUCUCGCCCCGCAUUCCAGAGCCCUCCUCGUCGUCGGCGACCUUCCGGCCGCGGCCGGACAGCCAUGUGGGUCCUCCGGAGCCUCCUCCGGGCAGCCUCGCCAUCGCUCCGCCGCAGCUCCUGGCGACUUGCCGCGAGCGGUGAGCCGGUCAUCGCGGCCGCGGACUCGGCUUCUCCGUCCGCGGGGUUGCUGGCGGCGGGAGCAGGAGCGGACGGCGGGUGGCGGCGGGCGAUGUCGACCAAGGGGAGGAGCAUGCGGAGCAAGGUGGAGAGGCGGAUGGCAAGGGAGACUGGUCGCACCCAACGGGAGCUCCGCCGCGCCGUCAAGCUCAGGAAGAAGCUCAUGACCGAGGACGAGAAGCUCAUCUACAACCUGCGCAGGGCCAAGAAAAAGGUUUCUUUGCUACUGCAGAAGCUCAAGAAGUAUGAGCUACCAGAAUUACCAGCUCCUCGUCAUGAUCCUGAACUGUUAACAGCUGAGCAACUACAAGCUUACAAGAAGAUUGGAUUCAGAAAUAGAAAUUAUGUACCUGUUGGAGUUCGUGGAGUCUUUGGAGGUGUUGUUCAAAACAUGCAUAUGCAUUGGAAAUUCCAUGAGACGGUUCAAGUUUGCUGUGACAACUUCCCGAAGGAAAAAAUUAAGGAAAUGGCAGCAAUGCUGACAAGAUUAAGUGGUGGAAUUGUGAUCAACAUUCAUAAUACUAAAACAAUCAUCAUGUUUCGAGGAAGAAACUACCGUCAACCUAAGAACCUUAUACCUUUCAACACACUUACCAAGAGGAAGGCUUUAUUCAAGGCCAGAUUUGAGCAAGCGCUUGAAUCACAGAAACUAAACAUCAAGAAAAUAGAGACACAGCUCCGUCGCAAGGGUAUCAGUCCGGAGGAUCCUGUUGCUAUGGCUAGUAUCCAGCGUGUUGCCUCUACAUUCUUCCGAGCCAUAGAUGAACAACAAGGUACUCCCUACGUUUUCCAUGGGGAUGCACAACCUUCUGCUGGGACUACUGAAAUAAAAGAACCACAUGAUCAACCAUCUGAAGAUAGCGACCAGGAGGAGCUUGACCGGUUCAUUUCAGAGAUAGAAAGUGCGGCAGAGAAGCAAUGGGAGGAAGAAGAGGCAGCAGAGAAAGAAGAAUCUUCAAGAAUGCGGUAUUGGGAGAGAGAAGAGGUGGGUGAGCGGAGGGGUUUCGUUAGAAGUUAUGAAAACUCAGAUUAUGAGGAUAGAGGACAGGGAAGAUAUAGGAGAGAGAAUAACAGCAACAGAAGGACGCCAGAUGCAAGGAGGUGGGAUGAUGAUAGCGAGGCUGAGGCAUCAGGUGAAGAAUGGGACUCUGGUGAUGAUGUUGAUGCGAGGGAUAAUUUUCUGGGCUUUGACAAUGAUAGAGAUUCUCGUGACAAGCAUACUCGACGAUUCGAAAGCAUGAGGAAUGGAACGAGCAGAUCUAGUGGGAGACGGGAUUUUGUUCCUAGGGGAGAAGUGGGCGAGAGGAGGGGUUUCAACAGAAGUUAUGGCAACUCAGAUGUUCAGGAUAGAGGCCAGGGAAGAUAUAGGAGAGAUAACAACAACAAAAGAACAUCAGAUGCAAGGAGGUGGGAUGAUAAUAGUGAGAUUGAGGCAUCAGGUAAAGAAUGGGACUCUGGUGAUGACACAGAUAAUUUUCUUGGAUUCAACAAUGAUAGCGAUGCACCUGAUGAUCGUCCUCUACGAUUCAAAAGUACAAAGAAUGAGAAGAGCAGAUCCAGUGGCAGGCGGAGUUCUAUUCCUGGGGGAUUCAGAGGUUCCAAUCAGAGUCGAGGAAAUUCUGUAGCUGCUUCUGACAGUAAUGAUGGUGGUUUAGACUCUGAAGAAGAAGAUUUGUGGGGAUUGGAUAAUAAGGGGGGAGAAAGAGAAACGAACCUAAGAUCCCCAAAGGUAAAUUUCUCAAAUGUCCACAGCAGUAGCGAGGAGGAAAGCAAUGAUAACUUGGAACAUGGUGACACGAUUGGUAAAAUGAAGAAAAAUACUGAUGAAAGUUGGGACAGUGACUAAUAACUCGGAAGAGUAAUGUUGAUGUGUUCUGGACAAAUGCUAACGUGAAUGGUUGCCAACUUGCCAUUCGAGUUCUUUCAUGGCAUGUAUUGCUCAUGUUUUUCCAAUGGAGAUCUCGAAGAGCUACAAGAAUAAGCAUGGUUUCCAUGAUGUUUGAAUUUUUGCUGCAAGUUUCAUACAAUGGUUCCAAUUAGUUAUCAUGGCAGCCUGAAAAGUUGCUUCACCUGGAGUGAGGCUGUAAGGGGGGAGGUUGUCAACUGUGUGUUAAUCUCCUAGAGACUAGGACAUAAAGGCAAAAUACAUCAUGACUUGCGCAAGCGGAGGACAAGGUGCUGAAUGUUUGUGGCUAGAGUUCAAUGUUGAGAAACUAAAUGUAUCGAGACUCCUGGAGGUCUUAGAAAUGUGAAAUUCUUGCUCCCAUCAUUAUGGGACCAUAUUUAUUUUGUUUUUCUAUAUGAAAAAAACUUGCACAUAGAUAUAUUUGGAAGUCAUUUCUCUGGUGUCUUGUGAGAGAAAUAGAGAACUGAUACGACGAUGAA